GGUGACGGUGCGUGGCAUCAGCCAUCUUGUGUUGUUGGGCUUGUGGAUUCGCUUCGGGUGUGAAGCAGAGAGAGAGAGAUAUCCAUCCUCUUAGUAAUAACAAAAUUAAAAAAAAGGCACAAUGACAGCCGAGACUCAGACACUGAACUUUGGCCCAGAGUGGCUUAGGGCACUGUCUGGUGGGGGUUCUGUUAUUUCCCCACCCCUCUCUCCGGCGCUGUCGAAGUACAAACUCGCAGAUUAUCGGUACGGGCGUGAAGAGAUGUUAGCACUUUACAUAAAGGACAAUAAGGUUCCUUCAGAUCUCCUUGACAAAGAGUUCAUGCCUAUUUUGAAAGAAGAGCCCUUACUACCAUUGGCACUUGUCCCGUUCACUGAGGAGGAACAGAGGAAUUUCUCAAUGUCUGUGAACAGUGCAGCUGUGCUGCGCCUCAUGGGAAGAGGCAGCAGUGGAGGCGGAGGGACGGUGGUAGGGGCCCCUAGAGGUCGAAGUUCCUCCAGAGGCAGAGGCAGAGGCAGAGGAGAGGGUGGUUUCUACCAAAGAAGUUUUGAUGAGGUUGAAAGUGGUUUUGGACGAGGAGCUCGUGAAAUGCACCGGUCCCAAAGUUGGGAAGAAAGGGGAGAUCGUCGUUUUGAAAAGCCAGCACGAAAGGAACCCGCAGCUCGACCACCAUUUGAAGAUGGAAACGCAGCACCUACUGUGAGAAAGCAUGAGUUUAUACGCUCAGAGAGCGUGAACUGGCGCAGCCUGCGGGAGGAGUUGAAUGGUGAGGAAGAGGAGGGUGGUGGUGUGUGGCGGACUGCUGCACCAAGAAGGGAAGGAGAGAGAUGGCGCUCUAAUAGUCCUGAUGGUGCACGGGGAACAGUUUGGCGGGAACAUCCAGAGCGUCGAAGGCGGUUUGAUUAUGACUUCCGGGAGCGUGAUGACGAACGUGGGUACCGCAGACCACGCAGUGGCUCUGGUAGUGCAGAGGAUGAGCGAGACAGCUUGCCUGAAUGGUGUCUAGAGGAUGCUGAAGAUGAGACAGGCACUUUUGACUCUUCAGGGGCAUUCCUGCCUUCUAAGAAGGUCCAGAAGGAGCCCAUCCCUGAGGAGCAGGAGCUAGAUUUCCGAGCCUCGGGUGAGGGACUAGAGCACUCUGACUCUGAUCGUAGCCACUCAGAGGAGGCAAAAGAGCCAGAUCUAAGCCAGGCAGAUGAACAGACCAAAGAGUCUAGCAGAAGGGACACUUUUGUAGUUCAAGCUGCGCCUGUUUCAGAACAAGACCACAGAACGUCCUCCCCAGCUAAAUGGACCGAACCUUGUUCAGAGCCACCUAUUCAGAAGAAUGCAAGUCCCCCUAUAGUCAACAGCACUGAGCAGGAAGUAAAACCGCAAACACCCCCAACUCCUGCUACCACACCAAACCAUAGAGAUGAUUCAUCCUUACACAGUCAUAGGGGAUCCAAGGAGACAUUUGUUCCAUGCAAACCUCAAUCACCCUCUCCUGUUCUCAGCCAAAGCAAUGUUGUUCGACAAAUCCAUGAUCCUCUUCCAAGCCCUACCAUUCACCCUAUCCCUACCCCUCAGUUAGACACCACUACAGGGCCUAUCCCUCCUACGAUAUGUGGAGCACCAGGAAUGGGAACUGUGCCACAAGAAACUGAUGAAGAGGAUGGACUAGAACAUUUAGAACAGCAGGCACAGCAGUUGGUGGCGUACCUGCAGGACGGGACGUUAGAUGAUGACCGAUUACCAGGGAAAGUGCCAGACCACAGAGUGAAAGGGCCUUCUCCAGACAACCAGCAGAAAUGGUACUACAAAGAUCCACAAGGAGAAAUUCAAGGUCCAUUUAGUAAUCGAGAGAUGGCAGAGUGGUUCCAAGCUGGUUACUUCCCCAUGUCCUUGUUGUUGAGGAGAGUAUGUGAUGAGGCCUUUCAACCACUUGGUGAUCUCAUUAAAAUGUGGGGGAGAGUUCCCUUCACCCCACCACCAACUCCCAGACUAGGUGAACUGGGCCCUGAGCACCUGAAUCGCCAUCAAGAAAUUACCGCACUUUACCAGUUGCAGCAACUGCACUACCGGCAGUUCCUUAUUCAGCAGCAGUAUGCUCAGGUCCUGGCACAGCAGCAGAAGGCAGCCCUGUCCUCACAGCAGCAACAACAACUGACUCUUCUUUUGCAGCAAUUUCAGUCCCUAAAACUAAGGAUAUCUGAGCAGACCAUGAUACCUACAAUAGCAAGACCGGUGUCUAUACCAGAUAACUCUUCAUUGUGGGACCUUCAAACUGCGGCUCCACCACCCACAGUUUGGGACGGCAGCAGUGUAUGGGACUUGCCAGUAGAGCAGCCAUCAUCUCAGGGAGCAACACGAGAACAGCUGGAAAAGGUGAAAACUGCAAAGAUGGAGCAAGAAAGGAGAGAAGCAGAAUUAAGGGCAAAACAAGAGGAGGAAGAGCAACGUAGGCGUCAUGAGGAGGAGGAGAAAAGGAAAAGACAGGAAGAGGAAGAGUUGGCACGUCGUAAACAGGAGGAAGCCUUACGGCGGCAAAGAGAACAAGAACUGGCUUUGCGACGGCAAAUGGAAGAAGACGAGCGACAGAGAGAAGAAGAACGUCGCCAGCUAGAGGAGAGGAGAAGGAUGGAGGAGGAAAGGAGGCGGCAAGAAGAUGAAAAAAGGCAGCAGGAAGAAGAGAGAAGAAGGUUGGAGGAAGAGAGGAGAAGGCAUGAGGAAGAGAGGAAAAGACAUGAAGAAGAGAGAAAAAGGGCAGAAGAGAAGAGAAGGCGGGAAGAGGAAAAAAAAAGAGAAGAGGAAGAAAGGAGACAACGAGAAGAGUAUCAGAAAAAGCAGGAGGAAGCAGCCAAAUGGGUACGGGAAGAAGAGGAGAAUGCACGGCGGCUGUUGGAAGAGACAAAAUUGAAACAGGAAGAGGAGGAACGCAAGAAGAGAGAGGAGGCUCAAAGGCAAAAGGAGCUUCAACGACAGAGGCAGCAGCAGGAGGCACUUCGACGACUGCAGCAACAGCAGCAACAGCAACAACUAGCACAAAUGAAGCUACCAUCAUCUUCCACAUGGGGGCAGCAGGUCAGCCCAGUUGGUGGUCAGCAGUCAGCCCUGUCACUUGCAGAGAUACAGAAACUGGAGGAGGAGAGGGAGCGGCAGAAUCGAGAUGAGCAAAGACGUCAGCAACAUGAAAUUAAGUCUCUCCAGCAACAGCAGCAGCAGCAAAAGAUGUCUGGUUGGGGGAAUGUGAGCAAAGCCACUGGCACUACCAAAUCUCUGUUGGAAAUCCAGCAGGAAGAGGCCAGGCAGAUGCAGAAGAAUCAGCAGCAGCAGCAGCAGCAACAACAAGCUGGUCGUGCCAGACCGUCAAACAUCACUCUUCCAGCUGUGCCUGUUGUCUCUCCUCCGCAGCUCAAUAGCAACAUUAGUUGCAGUAGCUCUGGAAACUCUGUUUGGGGAACGUUGAACAAUAACUUGAGUCCCCAGUGGUCGACAGACUCUCUAAGUAGCAUCUGGAGUACCACGGACAACAAGGGCUCCAGUGUGGGAUUUUGGGAUGAUGCUGUGAAGGAAAUAGCUCCCAGAAACCCAGUCGGAAAGAACAAAAAUAAUGCCAGUAAGCCGACAGGUACCAGUAGCCGUCAGAAUAAGAAGGUUGAGCAAGAAGAGAAGCUGCUAAGGCUCUUCCAGGGAGCCUCCAAGUGUCAGGAUAGCUUCACGCAGUGGUGUGAGCAGACUCUGCGUGCUCUCAGUACUGCUCAAAGUCUGGAUGUGCCCACAUUUGUGUCCUUCCUGCGUGAAGUGGAGUCUCCUUAUGAAGUACAUGAUUAUGUUCGUGCAUAUCUGGGAGACACACCAGAGGCAAAGGAUUUCUCAAAGCAAUUCUUAGAUCGCCGGACUAAGCAGAAAACUGAACAACAACAGGAUGCUGGGUGGGGCAUGUACCAGACAAGUCAAAAUAGUGUACAGCAAAUGUCUUUAGAAGCGGCACAGAGCGCUGGGCGCAAGAAAAAGAAACAGAAGAUGGUUAGAGCAGAUCCAAGUCUUCUAGGGUUUUCAGUGAAUGCUUCCUCCGAGAGGUUGAACAUGGGCGAAAUUGAGACUCUGGAAGAUUACUGAUCGUUAUGGUGGGGUAGGGGGAAUAUUCCCCCCUCCCCUACCUCGGCUUCUCAGGGAGGGGGGAGCCGACUUUGUGAUUUCACUUACCCCAAACAAACACUCCCAGUGUCCUGCUGGGGCACACCCUCUGAGAACUGCAUGAGCAGGACAAUUGGAAAGCUUCCACCCCUCUCCACUCUUCCCAUCAUGUCUAUUUAGAUGGGAAUAGUGGAGAGGGUAAUCAGGGGGGCAAAGAGUGAGUUAUGGGGAUAAUCCCCUCCUCCAUCGCAGCACUGCAUGGUCUCGUUUCAGAGGCUUGCAUGUUCUGCCACUUUACCACCGUUAUUUGGUGGAGAGAGGCUUUAGGGUGGGACUUUGCAACUCCCCUCACUGCCUUGUCGGGGUUCAGCUCUGUGGGUUCAGUGGAUGGGCAGCCUUAAAUAUGUUUGGAGCUUUUGCAAGUGUGUACAGUGCAUUGGCAUAUUAAGCACUACAAGAGAGGUUAAGUAAGGGCGAUAAACCAUCUCAAAGGCUCUGUUAUCAGUCCUCCACAGUCCUGUCCUCUCUCUCCAACCCGCCCACACCUUUUUGCAAGUUUUGUUUGGAAACCUUUGCAGGUGGGUCCAGUAUGUGGUUUAUGAAAACUUCUCAUUUGAGUCAUUGAGUCUGCUGCAGCCAUAUGUAUAAUUUUGGUGCUGUUUGGUAGGGAGUAUAAAAAAUAAUAUUCCCUUGCAAUGUAAACCCACAUAAUGCAGAGGUGGUGUGGGUGGGAUGGAGCACACUUAUGUUUACACAGCUCCUGGACUACUUCAGAUUUGCCCCAGUGUGCAGUGACUUGUGGGGGGGGGGAGGGGGGGGGCUUAGGCCUGACCUUAAUAAAGCGCUGGUUGUAUUAUAUCACAAACCUGAUUUUGGAUGCCUUAUUGCUGGGUGAUCAUUUGGGUUUUGCAGAAAAACUUAAUGUGUCAAAAAAAAAAGAUUUUGCAACAGUUUUUACACAUUAUUUGAGAGACAGCAGGAUGUACUGACAAUCCGAGGAACAUGCAAGCAUUGGUGUCCUGCCACCAGACCAGAGAUCUCACACUGACUUCUGAACAAUAAGGCUGCUUCACUAUAUACCAAUCUUACUCAAACACGAAUCUGAAUGAGAUACUUUAAAUUGAUGUCUAUAUUAAUUAUCUGGGCUUUCAAGCAAAAUGAUUCACUAUGACUACUAGCCUGCUGCCCUAACCCAGGUGGAAUUAAUUAAGCUCAGGAGUGUAAAAGUGUAAAUAGUAUGAGAUUUUAUGUUUGUUUUUUGGGAGUCAUUGCAUGAACAUAUACAUUACUAGAGACACAAUUGUAUUAAAGCCUAAUUUAUUUUAUUUCCUUGUUAGAGCUAAAGGACUACUUUUUUUUUAUUUUUUUUAUCAGGUUUGGAAUAGUCUGAGCGAAUAUACCAAAGAUCCAGAGAUAAAAUUAUUUUUCACACGAUGUCACCCAAAAUGGGUUAAAACAUAAGCAGUCUAAUUAAAAUUUGGGCAGAAAGAUUA